AUGUCUGAAAUUCCGCAAUCUCAAGCUGAACCUGUUCGAGCUGAUACUCACGAAGAAAGAAGUGAGCGUUCUUACAAGUCUAUCGCACAUAAUCCGACCGUUUCUCAUGAGGCACGAGUUCACGCUGCAGAAAAACUCGCCGAAAUGCAUAAAGCUCGUACUGGAGAAGAAAUUGAUCCUGAAAAUGAAGCAGCAAUUGGCGAUAAAAAAGCUGAAUUAAGAAAUGCUGAAUAA